AUGGUUAAGGUGUCAGAUAAGUUGCCCAAAUCCUUGCUUGAUAAUGAAGAUUUCAAAAAAGAGUUGAAUGCAUGUGUUUGGUCUGAUUUGUUAGAGCCUGAUGAGUUUGAUAUAAUAUGGAAUGAUAUAAUGGAACGGUAUGGAUUAGAAGACGUGCACUGGUUUGGAUCGAUGUUUGAAGAGAGAGAAUUCUGGGUUCCUGCUUAUUUUCGAGAUUUUCCCAUGGGGUCGCUUCUUAGGAUUACAUCGAUGUCUGAAUCAGAGAAUAGCUUUUUUAAAAACUACACAAAGCCUCGUGCAAAUCUUGAAAUAAGUAUGGUAUGUGAGAUUGUUUCUAUAACUGUUGAGGAUAACAUCAAGAUGCAUAAGAAUAAGUCUGCAAAUCUCAUUCUUGAGAAAUAUUUUGGUCGAAGGUGGUUGAAGAGCUCUUUACUAAAGGCGGCCCAUGGUCUACCAUCUGAGGAGAUACAACCAUUUGAACAUUUGGAUGAAAAGCAGGAAGUUAAGAAAAAGUUGUUCUUCAACUUUUAUCGAUUAGUCCAAAAGUCUGAGGGAAAUAUGGAUCAUCUGUCUUUGUUAUGUGCUGUCAUUGAAAAGAAAAAGAUGGGUGAGGAAUUUUAUGGAAUGGCAGUACCUGAUGUAAUUGAUGUACAUCCUCCAGACGUUGUUAGAACAAAAGGAUCAGCUAGUGACAGGGUAACAAAGAGGGAGAGUGCAAUAAGAAAAGCAAAUAAGCCUCUACGACGGUGUGGUAAAUGUCAUGAGAUGGGUCGUCAUGAUUCAAGAAAUUGUGGUAGAUUCAAUGAGAAGGCAGAUUGA